ACUAAGAAAUUGCGAGGCGGCGAUAUUUAUCGCAAGUGUCAACCACUUAUUGUCUUGUUUUUCUCCCAUCAACAAAGAGAAGAUAUUUUUAAGAAAGAAGUUUCUAUUGAUUCAUGAUUUCCUUGUGUCUUAAUGAGUACCACAGCUUUGUCUUUGAUAUUAUCUUAAGAACAGUGUUAGCCUCGGGGCAUGCAACGUGCCUAUUUCUACUUUCUUGAAACAGCUAUCAUGACACGCAAUCUAAUUGGCACGCAGAAUGUAGUUUUAUUGCCAGUAAGUUAUUGUUAUAUGCCACAAUGGAUUUAUAUUGUAAUAUUGAUAUAGCUAUAAUAUUUUUUGUCAGAUUGGAUGUACAAUGAGCAUCUGGACAUUGUUGCAUUUAAAUGAGGUCUAAAUAUUUCUCUAAUACUGGGUUUGAACUUUUUCAUAAAUUAGUUUUUUUGGAUCCCGAAUUAUAAAAGAGAUUGAAAUAGGUUCUGUAUUUAUUCUUAUAGUGCUGGUUCCCCUUAGAAAGUGUAACUAAAUAUGUAUUAAAAAUUUAAAUAUUGUGAGCACAACUGUACCACCAUGAAAUUUUAUGUUCAAAUUCUUACAUAUUAUCAUACUAAAAUUUUAUAACACUGAUGUAUGGUGGCAGAAUGAUUCAUUUUAUUUUUGAAAAAAUUGAAAAAAAAAUAACAUUCCAUUGUCUACUGUACUACAUACUGUAUUUUUAAAGUUUACAGCUCUUUGUGAGAUUAUAAUCUUUAUUAACGCUAAUAACUAAUGGUUUCCUGAAGCUUCCCUUUUUCAUUGAAAUUUUUUUUUGGUUUAUUUGAACUAAGAGAACAGUAGCUACCCGAUUCAGAAAAAACUGUAAUCUCUUCAGUUUAAUAUAGCUUUUUUAAAUUGUUCAAUUUCAUAUUCCUUGGGUUGGGUUGGGACAGGGACUAAUACAUUUGUUUUAUUUCCUUUGUUAGUCACUGUAAUAAUUGACCUGAAUGAGAAAAAUCUGGUAAUCAGCUAUAAUGAAAUGUAUAUGGAUUUUAUCGCACAGAUUGAUGUCUUAACAUAAACUUGUUUUCAUUUAAACUAAUUUUUCGAACAAUGUGUAUCAGAAGAAGUAAAACUGAAACAACAGAUAAAUAUGGGAUGCGGUAAUAGCAAAGUUAUUCCUGAUUCUAAUGAAGGGAGCAAAGAUGCCAAAUCGAAGAAGACCAUAGACGCCUAUAGUACAAAUGAUGCAAAAAGAAACAGCAUUCACUCAGCCAAACUUGCAUUCGUAAAUGGAAAUAAUGUUGGGGGAACAAACAAAAGUGAUAUUGACGAAAAGAAAUUCAAUAAAAAUGCAACAAACAACAAUAAUAAAAUUGUUAAGUAUCGUGCAAAAUUUGAUCCUCGAGUCGUUGUAAAAUAUGAUGUCAGAGCAUUAAUUGGCAAAGGCAGUUUCAGCCGGGUUGUGAGAGUUGAACAUAAAGGCACAAAACAACCAUAUGCAAUUAAAAUGAUUGAGGUGAAAGCUCGUGAGGGCCGAGCUGCAGCUGAUUCAGAAUUGCGUGUAUUACGUCGAGUAAGACAUCCUUACAUUGUGCAACUAAUAGAGGUUUUUGAAGCACCUGAUAAAAUUUAUAUGGUCAUGGAGCUUGCCACAGGCGGUGAAUUAUUCGAUCGAAUUAUAAGACAUGGUAGCUUUACUGAAAAAGACGCUACAAAAGCCUUACAAAUGGUGCUAGAAGGACUUCGUUAUCUUCAUAGUCUGGGAAUUACACAUAGGGACUUGAAACCAGAGAAUUUAUUGUAUUAUCAUCCUGGAAAUGACUCCAAACUGUUAAUUACUGAUUUUGGUCUUGCGUCCUCUCGAAAAUCUGGUGGUGAUGUUACUAUGAAGACAACUUGCGGCACUCCAGAAUAUAUUGCACCUGAAGUUUUACAAAGAGAAAGUUACACAAAUAUGGUUGAUUGUUGGUCUGUUGGCGUUAUUACUUAUAUUCUUUUGAGUGGAACUAUGCCAUUCGAUGAUGAAAAUAAAACACGACUUUACACAAUGAUUUUACAAGGAGAUUAUAAUUUUAAUGGCGAGCCUUGGCCCCACGUGUCUGAAACUGCCAAAGGCUUCGUCAGAUCGUUUUUGACGGUGAACCCUAGAGAAAGAAUGUCUUGUUCUGCUGCACUUGAACACCCUUGGAUAACUAACUUCACCAGUCUUUCGAACAGAAACUUGCAAAGGUCCAUAUCACAGAAUUUAUUGAAGAGAGCAUCAUCACGUAAUAGUAACAAGUCUGCUCAUAGUAGCAAAUCAGCUAAAUCCAACAGAUCACUUCGUUCACAGCACAGAAAGGUGAAAGCAAAAGAAUUGGAUGAUUUACUCAAGAAAUAUAACAGACAGACACAUCAUCCAUAAAUACCACAGUGUGGUGAUAUUAAAUACAAAACUAAAUAUGCACUGUAUCAAAUCACUUUUGUCAAAGGCAUAUUUGUGUCUGGUCAACGUGAAAAGAUGUAAAACAGGUUCCCUUCAGUAUGAGAAGUGGUAUGGGGAUGAAUUAUACAGUACAGGAGUGAAUGAAGUAUCGUCUCCGACAAUCUAUUUGCUCUUUAUUUAUUAUGUUAUUUGCUUUUUUGAACAGGUGAUCUUAUUUUACUUUCAAAUGUACUUGCAGUAAGUUCCAAACUUAUGUAUUUACUGCACUUCGAAAUUUUUUAAAAUUAAAAAUGUAUAUCUUUGUUGUUUAUACAAAAAGACGACUUAUCAUCUUUUAUUUAUUUUGUUAUUUGCAUUAUUAUGUUGUGAUAUGAAAAAAUUGUUCAUAUAUUGUUUCUAUUCUAUUGCCCCUUUAUAAUCAAAGACUGUUGAUCCAUUUGUUCGAAAAUGAUACAGAAAAUAUUCCCAGAUAUUUUCCUUAGAUAGUCUCAGAUUCCCUUACUGUGUGGGAAGGCUUGGAUUAACUGUAUUCAGUUGUAUGUCGAUAUGUCAAACGUAUAUUCACUAAGUACGUAAGUAGACAACAUGAUCUUUGUAGAAACAGAAUUUUUAUGCGGUAAUUCAUUUCUAAAUGACAAUUUCUUGUACAAAUUAGCAUGUACUAGAUUAUACAGCAAUUGGGGUUGGUUGAAGGUGUUAAAACCUUCUUUUAUUGUGAAUUAAUUACCUUAUUGCCCUAGGAUGUAGAUGGUUAUUGUAUUAACAAAAGCCUUCCUUGCCAAAUUUGUGUCUUUUACAUAACAGCUGAUGGUGUGCGGUAUACUAAUUUCUAUAUCUAUACCAGUAGGUGGUAUAAAUAUUUUGUAAAUCUAAUUCAAAAUGUAUUCGUUUUCAGAGUGGCUUCUCUUACUGGGCCAUAAUCAUAACAUUGCAACUUUACCCCAUAAACAUGUGUCUUGACUCUUGACUUAUAUUUUAUAUCUCACAGACUAAUAUAAACUUUUGGCUGUCUCUGUAAUCCUGUAAAGAUUUCACAGAUCCAAUGUAUUUUUCUAUUAUCCCUUGAGAUCUAUCUUUCCGCUUUAUGUUUCUGAACAUUUCAGAUUUGUUCCUCAGUUCUAGCAUGUACAACAUAGAUUCAUUGGCAUCUUAUUCUUCUCAUGUGCUAAGCUACAUUUUGUUUUAUAUCUUGUUAUACCAGUCCAGUAGCAUUCUCAUUUUAGUACAAAAAAUUAUCUUUACCAUUCUUAUUGAUCCUUUUUCUGUCCAUCAUUUUUGUUCUGAAUUGAUAUAACUAUUUUUUUGUCUAUUGUAAUGCAAUUUGUUCAAGUAUAACGGGAGAUUGGACGCUCUCUUCUUGCAUUUAGAUAAUUUUUUACCAAGCACUGACUUACAUAACAGCACUUGCUGACAAGUGACAAUACAUUAUAAAAUCUGGUGUGCCUAUACUAUAGACAAUCCAUCAUUUCUCUCAUUCCAGAAAUUUCUCUGUUAGUUUCGUUUUUGGGAAGCUUAUUGAACUAUAAACUUUCUUCUUCUCAGUUCAUAAUAAUUUAUUACAGAUGUUGAAAUGUUUUUGGUCAAGCAUGAAGAAUGAUAGUUGCCAUUUUUACUUUCCAUUUUUACUUGUAGUUAUAGUAUGUUCUGUAUCAUUUUGACUUUUUGCUUUUGGCAAUUUUUUGUAAACAGACGUAUUAUUUAUAUGUCUUAUUUUCAUGCAAAAGUGCCAACUCAUUGACUCUUCUUUUGAUACUUUUAUUGUAGAUAAAAUUGAAUAUCAUACAAUUGAAGUUGA